GCCGCCAGCUCAAGGCGUGGGACGAGGCGUGCGCCGACGGCCGCUCGUCGUGCUGGUUCGAGACGGAGGGCGACCUCCCGCGGCUGGCCGGGGAGGCGCUGCUGGCCGAGGCGGCCGCGACGGGCGCGAGGCGGAUCGCCUUUGACGCCGUCGCGGCGCGUCUCGAGGCGACCGCGGCGCCGCCGCCGCCUCUCGGCACCGCCUUGGCCGCGUGGCCCACGGGGUGGGGCAUCGAGGAGGCGACGGGCAACUUCUGCGGGCUGGCGCACUGGGCUGUGGAGGUGUGGCACGCGGCCGGGUCGGUCGACGCGAGCCGGUGGCAGGUCGAGGCUGACGGAGGGCGCCUCUUCUUUGUGCGGGUCGCGGGAAAGGCCGCAUAA